GAGCGCGUCACACGAUGCUAGCACCGCUAUGACGGCACAACGCGAUCGCCGUGGCGACGACAAUGUCGAAUUGUUACCGUUGAAAUCGAUGUUAGUAAACAACAAUUACAGAGAAGAUGAAGUGUACUACCCACCGACACCGGCAAUUAAUAGUCAUCCGUCGAGUUCAAACCUAUAUGAUUAUACACUCUUGUCGAAACGCACGCCGGCCUCAAAGCGGCUGUUAUCACGAAAUGCUCAGCCAUCCCCGAUGCCCCUCUUGACGCUAUGUGGAGCGCCUCCACCGUCCCGGAAGCGUGAGGAGCUGACAGCCCUCGCUAACUUGAGAAAGAAGGUGGCCCCAGCUCUAUUGCAGCAUGAUAGAUCAACGAAAAAUAACAACGAAUCGGACCAUCACGAAACAGAGCAACUUGACAACAGGCCUAAAUUACUGCAAAAGGUGCUAAAAACAAGGCCAGUCAGCAUGGUGGUGCAGUGGAGCGAGGUUCGCACCGCGUGGCAGGACAGCGACUUCAUCACGGAGUGCCUGUGUUGGCAUAAUGUGUAUCGCCAGCGGCAUGGUGCUCCGCAACUUUAUAUGGCACCUGAGCUCUGCGACUACGCUCAGGCGUGGGCGAAUCACUUGGCGCAUACAAAUAAGUUCUACUACAGGAACGACAGAGAUGUCGGACAGAACCUCUAUCAGAGGCCUGUUAGUGCACUGCAGCCGGACAUCACUGGUCAAGAAGUUUCCUCGUACUGGUAUGCAGCCGUGCGCCAAUAUAAUUUCUUCAAGGAAUCCGACGUCCUCCACGCCAACGUAAAUGCAGGCCACUUCACCCAAAUGGUAUGGGUGUCCACACGUUUCUUCGGCGUUGGCAAGGCAAGAUCUCGCGCAGGUAAGGUGAUAGUGGUUGCCAAUUACUCUCCCCCAGGGAAUGGAUCCGGCCAGUUCGAGACCAAUGUUCUACCACCGUUGCCUGAUAACACGCCAGAAUUGCCUCCGGAACACUGACGAAGGUUUUCUAUACGUGGCAGGAGGUUACGGAUCGAUGCCACGAUGAAUCGAUAAACGGGUGCUGAGUGUGGUAGAGUUUAGAAAUUGUUAAUUUAU